AACAAUAAAUAUGCUCCCUAUAUAAUCAUGAAUCCCAUCACAAUGCAUAAAACAAUUAUACUUUUCACAUAAACGCAUAUCGAUACAUCUCCCAAAACUUAACCUGCAUUUUGUAACUUAGUUUUUCGCAUCAAACCACACAUCACAUAUUUUUCCUACCAAGAUAUAAAAACAUCAGAGUUCUUUUCUACUUCAUUUUCCUCUCUACACGCUUCCAUUCAUACAAAAGUAUUUUCACACACAUAAUCACACGUGCACUUCAUCGAUCAAAACCUAAUUAGACUCACUACAAUUCGCACACAUCAAAUAACCUCUUGUUCUCCAAUCGCAAACGCGAUCCUACCAAUGCGCAUAACCGAAACAUUUUACACACAUCCAUUCAAAAUAAUUAAUCGAGUCGACCGAGAGCGACAUACAUCGGCUCACCAUAAACAAACCCAAUCGGUGUUUGUAAGGACGAUGGCGAUUCCGAUUUGUGCAUCGCUCCGAGCAUCCGACGAGCGUUGAACGACUUGCCUUCUCCACGCAAAACACGGGGUUCCUCGCCUCCACAAAAUAAAACAAAACAACACAUAUACACAAUUUAAUCACCGGAGAACAAUGCCGAUGUGGAAUCAAACAAAGAUCAUCGUCGUCUCACCGGGGUGAACGUCGUCGAUGUUGGGGCUGCGCAAAUCCGGCGAAGUGAGACGCGUAGACGGUCGAACUGUGCAGAUCAACGACACGACAUGGGCUGUCCCCAAAUACCAAUGCGACGGCGUGGGUCGGGACUGCGCAGAUCGAGCGAAGCACGCGAUGCAGAGGGGAUCCAAGGCUGCUGUUUUGGACCGGCAUCGCUGCGCACAGAACUUGGAUGCCAUGGCUGCCGGCAGAACAGGGGUUCCUUGCUGUCGCACUAGGGGAAAAGGAGGUAGGAGGCGAGCAGCAGCAGGGGAGGGGAUGGUGCUGUCCUUGGCUGGGAGAGCUUGCGCGCACUGCUCUGAUGCCGGUCUGGAACAGAGAGGAAAAAAAGGAGGGCGCCGUUGGGGAGAGGAGGAAGGCAACUUGGGGAAGAUUGCAGGGGGCGCUUGGUAGAGAGAGAGAAGCAGGGGCGAGCUCAAGGCGCUACUGGCUUGGGCGUCCAUGGCGGCUGGAGGAUGAAGACAAUGGGAAAAACUGCUCGCAGGGGGAAAGGCCGACUGGAAAAAUGGAGGCUAGGGCGAGCUCGGCUGCUGCGGUGCGAGGAAGAAGGAGCAGGGGCGCCAUGGACGACGGCGAGGAGGAUGUCGCCGAGGAAUGGGAGCUGCUGCUCCACGCCAUGGACAUGGAGUUCGGCGGCCCUGGAAAAAAUGGAGCCCACGCCUGGGCUGGUGAGCGUCUGCUCCAAGGGAGCUCGGCCAUGGAGCAGAAGGGGCGCUGCUGCCCUGCACGCUAGAGCUUGGGGAAGGCUGGGCGCAGGGAGGAAGAAGGUGUGGGCUGCUGCCGUGUGGGAGAAGAAGACAGGGAGAAAAACAAAGUGGCGGCUAGGGGGUAGAUGAAUAAAAGCCAAGUGCAAGUGAGGGGUUCUUCUAUUUAUAGAAGAGCUCUAGGGCUAGGGUUUUAAAUGGGCCAAAUGGGCUGGACUGGAUUCGGCCCAAAACACUAAAUCGGGUCGCGCUAAUUUAUUUUCCGGACUGAAAAUGCUCUCGCGGAAGUCGUCUGUGUAAAAACAGAGCGAGCUGGAGUUUCGACGAACGAACGAUUGAGCGAUCAGUUCGUCCGAGAGUUGGAUUUGAAUUCGCUCGGAAAUAAUUCCUCGCGCACUAUUUUAGAAAUAAAUGUGUCUCUCAGAUUUCUAAUCGGCUUUGAAUUUUAGUCGGAGAAAGCGAAUCGUGACAUUUUA